UCCAUAGAUUACUCAAUUUAAGUGAUUUAAAAAAAAUGUUUAACAAAAAUGAUUUCUUUUUAAAAUGUUUAAUUUUCUUUGUUUCAUUUGAAAUAAUUGCGGGAACGAAUCGUUUUGAAUUUGAUAACGAAACUUAUCAAGAUUUUUUAUCAGCCGAGGGAUUAAAUGUGUUUGAAUUGGCAAAGAAAUAUGGUUAUCCUUUAGAAAGACACAAUUUAUACACCGAGGAUGGUUAUUUAAUUGAAAUGCAUCGAAUUCCAUAUGGGAUAAAAAGUACGAAUCGAUCGAAUAGACCUCCUGUUUUAAUCGCCCAUGGAAGUGGUGGAACUUCGGCGGAAUUUAUAAUGAUGGGUGAACGAAGUAUUGGUUGUAAAUUAGUUAAUGCUGGAUAUGAUGUUUGGAUGGGAAACGCAAGAGGAAGCAUGUGGUCCUUAAAACAUAAGAAAUAUAAUCGUCGUUCGAAACAAUUUUGGCAAUUUAGUUUCCACGAAAUAGCAAUUUAUGAUUAUACAGCUGAAAUCGAUUAUAUAACUAAUAUAACAGGGCAUUACAAAAUGUUUUUUUUGGGACAUUCUCAAGGAUCGACCGGGUUUUUUAUAUUGGCUGCUGAACGACCGGAUUAUAACGAAAGAAUUCGAUUGGCGAUUUUAAUGGGACCUACUGCAUACACAAAACAUAACACAAAUCCAGUGGUUCUAUCAGCUGCCGAUAACAUAGAAUAUAUUCAAGCAAUAUUGGAGUAUAUGCAUUUAUAUGAUCUCCCAAGUUCACGAUUUUUGUCUUCAUUUUUGAGAACUAUGUGUAGUAGUCCGCUUCGAUAUUUAUGUAGUGCUUAUCUUAUUCUAGCGAUGGGAUAUGAUAUGGAACAUAUAGAUCAAAGAUUACUUUCUGCAGCGAUUAGUAAUUUACCUGGUGGGGUAUCAUUUCAAAUAUUAACACAUUAUGGACAAAUAUAUAAAUCGAGGCGAUUUCAAAAAUUUGAUUUUGGUCCAAAAGAAAAUUUAAAACGAUACGGUUUUGAACAACCUCCUUUAUACAACAUCAGCAAAAUAACAUCUCCGGUUGUAUUGAUGCAUGGCAAAACGGAUAUGUUUGCUGAUCCAAAGGAUGUUCACGAAUUUUGCAUGGAUUUACCAAAUUGCGUCUUAGAUUAUUUUAUUAAUGAAACGACGUACAGUCAUAUUUCGUAUCUUGUGGGAAAGGAUGCUGAUAGAAUUGUUAAUAAUUUU